AUGUCCGUAUAUUCCCUCUACACAACACCAUUGGAAGACCCGCCUAACUCGCCCGCUCGCCCCGGUAUACCUGAUCGGUCAGAUCACACAUUCUUCAACACGCCAGCUUCCUUCUCGAGCCUGGUCAAGACACAGGCACAGGUCUCUUGCUUGACAUGCCGCCCGAUCGACUUGAACUAUCCACGACUCUCUUGCUUGCCAUUCACCAUCCUUCCCGCACCACGCAUCCUCCCCCUUCCUUCCGACAGCGCCGCGCUCCCCCUCCAUCCGAAUCCUUCACAUCUUCUCCCCGCGCCCGCCUUUUCUCUUCCUAGACCCCCUCCCUCUUUCUUCCUCAUCACUCACAACAAGCUCGCCGUCGUUUUCUAG